AUGGACGCCUCUGAGCUGCUGACUCUCCCCUCGGUGUACCAGAGCGGCUCCGCACGCCUUCUCACAGGAGACCUGGUCGUACACGACAUUGAGCGAUGGUGUCAUCGAAAAGCCGACAGAAGUGGCCUCAAGCCAGUCAUGGCUGUUUUAUUUUUCAACACGGGGCCUGAUGCAGUGGACUAUGUCAAGAUCAAGGCUCACGUUGCUGCACGGGCCGGCGUUGACUAUUGGGUAUAUGAGAUGCCCGUCGACGCGUCAACAAUAGAAGUCAUGAGCCAAGUCAAGAAGCUAAACAUGAACCCUCAAAUCCACGGCAUCCUCAUACAGCGCCCGCUGCCUGAACAGUUAAAUGAAGCAAAGAUCAUGGGAUAUAUUGAUCCUGUCAAAAACAUUGAAGAAUACGACAAAGGCCAGGUAGACAAUAUUGCUGCGGACGCCUUGAUUCGCUUGUUGGCCAGGUAUGGGCUGCUAGAGUCGGCACAGCAGGCCAAAAUCCAGAUUGCUGGUUUCGGGAACAUCAUCACCAAAGAGUUCAUCAACCAGAUGAAGCGCCAAUUCCCCUACGUGAGCGUAUCUAAAGAUUUCGAUCUUACCCAUGAAGAUAAACACGAAGCUCUACACGAGGAAAUUCAGGCACCACGCGAAACCAUGAUUAUCUCGGAACUGCAUCGCGGACCCGCUUUUAUCAAAGAAUCUAUGGUCAAGCCUGAAGUGAGUGUCUUGGUCGAUCUUGGCUUCUACGUUACAGAAAAGGGCGUCAUCGGCGAUGAGAACAGUUACACAAGUACCUCCGAUAUUGACGACGACAGUCUCAAAUGUCCAAACCCCACUACGAGUCAAGAAGCCGAAAGUCGACGUACCCAGACCGAGAGUAAGCCCGCACGUUGGUGGGAGGGUCUCUGCCCAUCAUCCUCGAAAUCCACGAUAUCUCUAGAGCCACUGAUUUCAGGAGAAGAGGAUCCUCUACAAUUGACCAGCUAUCCUGCCGAGGCGGAAGCGCGGACCCGUGCCAUUGACAGAUAUCUCGCUGCCGAGUCCCAGCGAAGCAAACGGCAACUAAAGAUCAUUCUUUUCGGCGACGAGCACGAGAAGAGUCUUUUCCUGAAACAGACUCGUCUUCUUGAGCUCCCGCUUUCCAAUGACGAACGGGCAAAUGUUAGGGUUGAGGCGAGGCGCUUUGUCGCGUCGAUGUGCCGGGAAUGCUUGCAGAUUGUCGAUGAAUAUGCUUGUAAACCAGAAUCGAUCAAUGCUCAUGCAGUUCUGGGGCGUGUCAAGGACAUUGUGUCGCGCGAAGUACCCGGUGAUCAAGAAACGGUUAAAAGCAUGAUCAGCCUGUAUUGCGAUAAUGAACUGCGGCUCGCGCUUAAGCAGUCUGGCCAUAACCUCGAAGACAUCGAGCGACGAUUCUUGUUUGACCGCUUUCCGCAUAUCCUCACCUGCCCAUGCACUUCAAAUGGCAAUCUGAGCAAUCUCUUGAAGCGAGUCUUUGCCACAGAGUAUGCCCCUACAGAACAUGACUGGUUUCACUUCGACCAGCGCCGUUUGGGGCAAGUUGUCCAAGAGGCUCUUGUCCAUCGAGAUAGCCACACGCUACAACUGUUACAAAUCACGGAUCGGUCAACACAGAGGCGAAAAUGGAUUCACAUUCUGGUGGAUGACGCGGCCUGUCUUGUUUUUAUCUGUAACAUGGCCGUGUAUGACCAGAGCCUACUAGAAGACGAGACCACAAGCAGACUUCACGAAGAUCUCAUGCUGUUUGACUCGCUUGCCAACUCAAGGUGGUUUACGCAAACGCCAUUCUUCGUGAUUUUAUCAAAUGCUUCAGCGUUUAGAAGUAAAAUUCUGCAGUCACCGCUGUCAAAAUGGUUUCCCCAGUUUGAGGGAGGCAGUGACGGAGAUGCAGCGCUCGAGUUUAUGAAAGACCAGUUCCGGGAACUUGCGAAAUCUGAGCAGAAUGUGUAUAUACAUAUUGCAGAUAUUCAUAGCGCAGAUGGCGUGAUGGGUGCCAUUGAGACUAUGGAAAAUACGCAGCUUAGUCAGGUCUUGAAGGAGCUUGGCAUGACUCCUGUUAAGUGUAAAAGUAGCUAA